AUGUGUUUAUCUCACUUAUGGCAGAGUCUGUACUGUAGUAACAAGGACAACUCAUACCGUGGGUCUCCGCGACGGCUUCGGGACCGCAAUCACCGGCAAAAUGCCGUUCAAAAGGGCGGCGAUGGGGUUAAAGGUGGCGCAGGUGUGCCACAGAUAUCCGUAUCCGACUAUUCAGAGAGUUUCUCAAACCGGGGAUCACUGGCCAGUAGUGACGGCCAAAGCACCGAACGCCAGGAGUCGGACGAUACGCCCGAACACCACGUAUUUGCAUACCAUAGUCGGAGUCAAACUAGUUUGUCAUCGUUUGGGGCCCGAAGCGAGAGCCUGUCCAGCGUUUAUAGCGCUGCGGGCGGCGGUCGAUACGGAUCAGUUGUGGUGACCGGAGAGAUACUAUUCUCCAUCAGCUAUAACUAUAAGGCGGGCGCAAUGGAGGUCUACAUCCGUGAGUGCCGUAAUCUGGCGCCCGUCGACGCCAAACGGAUGCGAUCCGAUCCUUACGUAAAGGUAUACCUAUUGCCCGACCGGACAAAGAGUGGUAAACGCAAGACGAAAGUGAAGAAACACACAUUGAAUCCGGUGUUUGAAGAGGUGCUCAAGUUUUACAUGACUAUAUCGGAAGUGGAGACCCGAGACCUGUGGCUCACUGUCUGGCACUCAGACAUCUUCGGCCGAAACGACUUUCUCGGCGAAGUGUCCCUACCGUUGGGUCACGAGGUGUUUGAGACGCCCGGCCUUAAGUGGUAUCCCCUUCAGGAAAGGAUCGAUGUCUGCGAUAACCAAAACAACUAUAGGGGAGACAUAUUCCUGGCCCUGAAGUACACGCCGGCCGACGGCCAGAACCGGCGCCAAAGGCCCAAAAUUGGCACCACUGGCAGCACAAGCGGUUCCCUAUCGUCGACAUCUUCGGGAACGGCCACUGAGUCGAGCAAAGGCGAGCUCCAGGUGCUCGUCAAAGAGGCUCACAAUCUGACGGCCACCCGAUCUAACGGCACAUCCGAUCCGUUUUGCAAGAGCUAUCUGUUGCCCGAAAAGAGCAAAUCGUCGAAACAGAAGACACCGGUCGUGAAGAAGACCUGCAAUCCUAAGUGGAAUCACACGUUUGUCUUCGAAGACCUGUCCGUACAGGACCUGAGGCACCGGUGCCUGGAGUUGACAAUUUGGGACUACGAUAAGAUCACCAGCAAUGACUUCCUGGGAGGCGUACGGCUCGGUAUGGGCUCCGGCAAAUUUGAUGGCAAAACGUGCGAUUGGAUGGACUCAGUGGGCGAUGAAGUGGCUCUUUGGCAACAGAUGAUGGACAGACCCAAUAUGUGGGUCUACGGGGAACUGCAUCUGAGGUCAAGUAUGCAAACGCGACGAUCUUAAUGAUAGACCGCUCACUAAUUGUACCCGUAAUUGAUAGCGAUUUUCAAAUUUUAAACAUCC